AUGGAUACUGAGGAAAUUAUUGGUACUACUGCAGCUCCUACUGUCUCUGACAAACCAUUUAAGUUUGAGGGUUCUAAUUUCAAAUGUUGGCAAGCUAAGAUGAAAAUUUUCUUAACUUUAAAGAAGGUUUCCCAUGUUCUGACUGAGGAUACCCUUGUUACUCCUUCUGGAUCAAUUGAACUAACUAAUGGUAAGACAUUUGUUGAAUCAGACGGGACUCCAAAAUUGUCUGACUUAGACUCUGCUGCAAAAGCUAAAGCUGCGCCAGAUGAUUUACAGCUCAGGAAAGAAAUCACCCUAGGGCAAGGUAAUGAUUAUCUUUGCAAGAAACACAUUUUGAAUAGUCUCUCUGACGACCUGUAUGAUUACUAUGGUAAUUAUGAGACUACUAAAUAG